AUGAUGUUUGGAGAAGAUGCGGCGGCCAUGGUUGAUGACUAUGAUUUCAGUAGCAGUGAAAUCCAGCAACUUCUAUCUGUUUCCUCGGACACGUCGUCACCAGACGAGAAAAAGCGGAAACGGCGGAUACUAAACCGGGAAUCAGCCAGGAGGUCGAGAUUGAGGAAGAAAAUGCAAUUGGAGAAGCUGAACGAGCAAGCGAAGCUGCUCGCCGUCGAGAACCGGGAAUUGAAGAGGCAGCUGUUCGUGGUUGCGCACCGGUAUCAACUCGUCCGAACGGAGACAAACCGGCUUCUGUCGGAGGCCGUUAUCCUGAAACGACAACUCGACAUUUUGUCCCGCCGGCUCUUCCUCGCCGCCGCCCGCCCCCGCCUUCAACGCGUGCAUUAUAGUAUGUAA